AUGCGUGCUUAUGGAAUUGAAUUCAAAGAAGGGCCUGAUGGUUUUGGAGUUUAUGCUUCCAAAGAUGUGCAACCCCUUCGUCGACCCAGGAUGAUCAUGAAAAUCCCUCUAGAGCUGAUGCUCACAGUUAGCAAGAAGCAACCCUGGAUGUUCUUCCCUGAUAUAAUAAUACCGGUUGGUCAUCCAAUAUUCGAUAUUAUCAACUCAACCAAUCCAGAGACAGAUUGGGACCUGAGGCUGGCGUGUCUGCUUUUGUAUUCGUUUGAUUGUAAAGAUAACUUCUGGCAGCUUUACGACGACUUCUUACCUAGUAAAGAAGAGUGCACCAAUUUACUUCUUGCUACUGAGGAUGAUCUUUUGGAGCUGCAGGACGAGGAUCUUGCAUCAGCUAUGAGAAAACAGCAAUCUCGAGCUUUUGAAUUUUGGGAAAAGAACUGGCAUAGUGGCGUUCCACUCAAGAUAAAGCGUCUUGCCCGUGAACCCGAGAGAUUCUUUUGGGCACUUGGCAUAGCCCAAUCACGAUGCAUUAACAUUCAAAUGAGGGUUGGCGCUCUAGUUCAAGAUGCAAAUAUGCUUGUACCUUAUGCUGAUAUGUUAAACCAUUCACCAGAGCCCAACUGCUUCUUCCAUUGGCGAUUCAAAGAUCGAAUGCUGGAAGUGAUGAUAAAUGCAGGGCAAGAAAUCAGAAAAGGAGAGGAGAUGACUGUUAACUACAUGCCACAGCAGAAGAAUAACAUGUUCAUGGAAAGAUACGACUUCUCAUCACCGGUGAAUCCUUGGGAUGAGAUUCAGUUCUCUGGCAAUGCUCGAAUUCAUUUGGAUUCCUUUUUGUCCAUCUUCAACAUAUAAGGGCUUGCUGAUGAAUACUAUCACAACGAUGAGCUAUCUGGAAGUGAGGGGAGUUUCGUGGAUGGAGCAGUCUUAGCAGCAGCAAGAACACUGCCCACUUGGUCAGACGGAGAUCUGCCCCCCGUUCCCAGCUCAGAAAGGAGAGCUUUCAAGGAAUUGCAAGAAGAAUGCCGUCAGAUGCUUGCUAAAUACCCCACUACAUCCGAGCAAGAUCAGAAGAUGCUAGAUUCAAUGUCAGAACCCAGGAGAACGCUCGAAGCCGCAAUCAAGUAUCGACUGCACCGGAAACUGUUCAUCAAGAAGGUCAUCCAGGCUCUUGACAUGUAUCAGGAUCGCUUGUUAUUUUAGUUUAGAUGGAUUGGAUCCAGUUUUUACUUGCAUAAAACUUUUGGCACGUUUGUGUAGAAAUAUUUGACCUCUGCUCUCCCCGAUUCCAGAGUAGAGCCACCAAGUUGUAUCUGAUCAAGGGUUUAACCGAUUCAAUCAGAAGAACCGCAAUUUGCUUGGUUCUUGCUUUUGUUUAUCAAA